UUGUGGAAAUUGUCUCGUGCUACAGCAAUGGUGGACUUUUCUUAUCUCUUGCUUGCAAAACUUCUCGAAAUAAGUGAAUAAAUAGGCUCUUACCUGUUCAAAUUGUCCUUCCAAAGGACUUUUGGGAGUAUUUGGUACAGCAUCUUGCAGUAAAUAACCGUUCAACAAUUCAUCAACUUCAUACUACAGCAUAAAUGUGUUGUUCUAAUUAGUAACUAAACAUACUGCGCCAUUGUGCCAGAUUCCUUAAAAAAAAAACUUUCCAGUAAUUUGCAGUUAAAGAAUGCAGUUGGUAUCCUUAAUCAUUUUCAUCCUUACAACCUUCCUAACUCUCAAUGGAGCAAAAGCAGCAGCAGCUGCAUUUAGAUCUGCUGAAAAUCACUACAUCAGUGAGGUGGAAGUAGCAGAUGAAUCCGCUGAGGUGAUCCAGGAAACAGAGAAAUCAGUCAAGACAUCUCGCAGGCGAGUACUUGACUCACGUCUCAACACUACGGAUACCAUCUCGACGCCAAUUCCUAAGCUAAAGUGUCACUGUGAUAUCUGUACAGACACGAAUUUUAUCUGUGAAACUGAAGCACUUUGUUUCACAUCGAUCGAAUUGAAGCGCGGAAGGGAAAUUAUUUCCUUCCGUUGUGUUGCAGAGACAAAUGUUCUGGAAGAUCGUUUACCCAUUCAGUGCUUAACGUCUAGGGAGAAGUUAAAGGAAUACAAUGUAAAAUGCUGCGAUACGGACUUCUGCAAUAAUGAUAUUCUCCUGCCAAUAUUGCGGGAACAGGUGUACCAGGGUCAGGCCUAUGUUAACUGGGACAUUGUCUGUUACCUGGUUGUCAUGACGUCUGUCCUGUGUUGUCUUGCCUUCUUGGCGUAUUAUGUUCUCUGGCGCAGAAAGCACUGCAAUGGCGUUAGAUCCUUCGUAAUUGAUGACUCCGAAUGCGAUAGAAUCUUGCAUGGGCACACAAUUCAGGAUAUGAUUGAGCUGACGACAUCAGGAUCGGGAUCAGCGGGUCUUCCGCUUUUGGUUCAACGCUCCAUUGCGCGCCAAAUUCAAUUGGUGCAAAUUAUUGGGAAAGGAAGAUUCGGUGAGGUGUACCAAGGAAGGUGGCGCGGUGAGAAUGUUGCUGUUAAGAUCUUCUCCUCGCGCGAAGAGUGUUCGUGGUUCCGAGAAGCAGAAAUCUACCAAACAGUCAUGUUACGGCAUGAGAAUAUCCUUGGAUUCAUAGCAGCUGACAAUAAGGAUAAUGGAACGUGGACACAACUAUGGCUCGUGACGGACUACCAUGGGAAUGGAUCUCUCUUUGACUACCUAACUAUUAGCACAGUGGAUACGAAUACCAUGCUAACGAUGGCACUGUCCAUUGCAACGGGCUUGGCCCAUCUUCACAUGGAUAUCGUUGGUACGAAGGGAAAACCCGCCAUUGCUCAUCGUGAUCUUAAGACUAAAAACAUUCUUGUUAAGGCAAACCUUAGCUGUGCCAUUGGGGACUUAGGUUUAGCCGUAAGACAUGACGUGAAGAAUGACACAGUGGACAUUCCUUCAACACACCGUGUUGGCACAAAGCGUUACAUGGCACCGGAAGUUCUCGAGGACACCAUCAAUCCCACCCAAUUUGAUGCAUUUAAGCGUGCCGAUGUGUAUGCAUUCGGAUUAAUUCUCUGGGAAAUUGCACGAAGGUGUAGUGUAAAUGGAAUUUACGACGACUACCAACUGCCAUACUAUGAUCUUGUACAACCUGAUCCAACAAUUGAAGAGAUGCGUAAAGUGGUAUGUUUGGAUCAACAACGACCAAAUGUGCCAAAUAGAUGGCAUACAAAUGGCAUUCUCUAUAGCACUUCGAAAGUAAUGAAGGAGUGUUGGUAUCAGAAUCCUGCAGCACGUCUUACGGCGCUCAGGAUUAAGAAAACCCUCGCUAAUGUUAGUACAGAAGAUUAAGUAAGAAUAUUUGAAAGAAAGAAAAAUGGUUUCUCUAAAAGACAAAAAUCUGGGAGAGCUGCAGAUUGAGCCUUCGGAUCCUUUAAAAGGAAUGCAAAGCAUAUUUGACUACAAAGUAGAACUGACUUCAAAUUGAGCUAGAACUGAGAAAACUUCUGCAGCCCCCUUAAGAUUUAUAUGGAUAAGAUGGGGAUAGAGCUGUAUGGGGCGUGUUAUGUAAAUGCAAAUGAGAUUACUUUAUAAAAUCAAUGAUGAGAGGUAUAAGAUUGAUUGAGAUUAAAGAAAUAUUUGAUGACAUUUUUUUUACAAAUGCUGUAAAUUCAUUUCCAUUUUUACAAAAUUAACUUUAAUAUUCCUCUAAAAAUUCCAUUUUAGGAGUAGAUUCUGUCAAAAAAUCAACUCCUUACUCACAAAUGACCAUUAAAUGCAAUCAAAGAGAUUUAAGUAUUGGAUUAAAAGAUUUAACCAAUAAAAACCAGAAAAAAAUUUUUUUAAAUUAAAAAAUAAGAAAAUUCCUCAUUAAUUCAUUCUAUACAAUUUUUUUUAAUAAAUACCUACCCCAAGACCAGGUGCAGCUUUUGUUUUGUAAUUUUAAGAAGAAAAAUUGUUGGUAAAAAGAAUUAUGACAAAUAUUCCAUCUUAGGACAUAAAAGACAUACAAAAAUGUCUCUAAAACCAAAAAAGGAAAAACACUAAAUCCAAAAUUAUUCGAGUCACAUUAUUGGUAGAAUUUUUAGACGUAGAUAUUGAUACAUAAAUUGUUGUAUAUAGACUGAUGUAGAAGAUUUAUAUAUGUAAAGUUUUUUUUUAUUAAAAAAGACAUUUAAAAAAAUGAAAAAAAUAUAUAAUUUAAACAGCAAA